AUGAUGGCCACGCAAUUCGUUGGGCGCACUCUACGAACGUCUACCGCCCUUCGCAAUACAUCCCGAGGUUUAUGGGGUGGUGUGCAGAUGGCACCGCCGGAUCCCAUAUUAGGCAUUACUGAAGCAUUCAAAUUGGACUCUAAUUCAGACAAGGUUAACUUGGGUGUUGGGGCAUAUAGAGACGAGGCAGGCCAACCAUUCGUGCUCAAGUGUGUUCAGGUCGCUGAGAGGAGGAUAUUGAGUACCAACCAUGAGUACGCACCGAUUGGUGGAGAGUCUGCUUUUCAGGUUGUGAAACAGUUGAGUCUGUCCUCG